UGUUCUUUCAGUAUGUGAAUUGUAAGUUCUACUGCUGUGUUGUUCCAGUACUGUUGGUGAGAUUUUAUCGUGCUGACAAUAACCUGCUUUUUUUCAGGUGAGCAUUGUAUGAUUCAUCGUGGCACGUUACUGAUCUACAGACUGUACACCUGGAAUAGAUUAUGGAGUACCAGUUUAAUCCCUCGCGGAAAUACCAGGGUCUGGCGCUGGUUAUAACAAAUUUCACCAAACCUGGGCCUGGUCCUUUAUUGGAAAGAGGAGGAGCUAAGAUUGAUGUGAAAUACAUGAAAAAGACCUUCAAACGAUUAGGAUUUAAAGUAGUUUCCUACGAAAAUGUAUACACUUCAGAUUUUGAGAGAAUUUUAAGUGAAACCUCCACAGAUCCAGCAGUGAAAGACUUCGACUGUUUCGUUUUUGCUAUAAGUACCCAUGGUCUUGAACUUGAAGAGGUUGAUAAAGAGAGAGGUUUUACGGUCCGAGAACACGCCGUCCAGAUGUUUGAUGGGGAGUACUAUAGCACUAGUGAGAUUCUAGAGUACUUCAGCUACGGAAAAUGUAAAGCACUGAGAGGCAAACCUAAGCUGUUCUUUAUUCAGGCGUGUAGAAUUCCGGAGACGGAAGCGUCGGAAGAACAAAGACUUUCUGGAAUUGGGUUUGAUCACGGAACCAGUGCACAUAAAUACAGUGGAGGGGAAAAUGAGCCUGGUGGCGAUAAGACUGAUUAUCAAGGGUCAGAUGACAUAUCAGAGAAAGAAUUAGUUAUUAAGGAAGAAGAUGUGUCUGAUACCGAUAUAGAAGAGGAUGAAGAUAAACAGGGGGGAUACAGACCUCCUCCUCCAGUGGCCAGUGGUCAGAAACAGUCAGAAGAGAAUAAUGGUUCAGAAGUUCAAGCAAAUCGUUUGGGGUCAGGAGAUGUGGUCGACCCUCCUCGUGGAAUCCGUUUGUCACAAGAGAAGAACAUCAUAACACCAGUCCCCUGUCACAAUGACAUGCUCGUUAUGUUUGCCUCGCCACAAGGUCUUUAUGCUGUAAGAAACCUUGACAUGGGAAGCUACCUUUUGAAAUAUCUAUACGAGGCUGUGGAACAGUUUUAUGGAAAUGGGAAACUGGAAAAUAACAAAACCAACUUUCUGGAGGUCCUGAGACACGUCACAGAAAAGAUGACUUCGAAGACUUACUUUGGUUCCAAGCAAUAUACUAAUGUUCCGUGUAUUGUGCACAAACUCUCUAAAGAUAUUGUCUUCACUCAGGGAGAGACCAUGGCCCACAACAAGUUUAUGGAAUUAUAGUUGCCUGAGUUUAAGGAACUGUUUAUAAUAUUAAAUAAACUAUUUGCUUCAAAUUUUUGAAAGGAUAAUGCUUUACUAGGCUGACAUUUAUUAAAUGCUUUAUGAAUUACUAGUGAAUAAAUAAACGAUUUUUUCCCCUACAUUUGCAGGAAAAAACGAAUUAACGGUGA